AUGGUCGCUCCAGCCCACGACGAGGUGUCCGCGGGUACCAACCCCCUCACCCCCGGUUCGCCGGCUCCCGCUCCCAAGGCUGCGGUUGCCCACGGUAGGAGCACGGCUGCGUCCACUGUCCUUCCUCUCGGUUCGCUUUACCCUCCUGCCUCAAGCAGAGGCGUCGACUUUAUGGCUGGCGAGACUGAGUGGGACGACUCUAUGGGCAGCGGCAACAUGGUCCUCGAGCUCGCCGACGGCCUCGCCCUCUCCGGCCACUCGUUCGGUGCUGACAAGAGCAUUUCCGGCGAGUGUGUCUUCCAGACUGGUAUGGUCGGUUACCCCGAGUCCAUCACCGACCCCUCGUACGAGAGCCAGAUUCUCAUCCUGACCUAUCCCCUGGUCGGCAACUACGGUGUGCCCGAGCGCCCGGAGGAGAUGAAGGCCGAGUUUGACAAGGCCACCAACGCCGUCCUUGACAGCAUCCCCAUCGAGUUUGAGAGCCGUCGCAUCCACGUCGCGGCCCUCAUCGUCGCCAACUACCACCCCAGCUACUCGCACCACCUCGCGUCGAGCAGCCUCGGCCAGUGGCUCAAGGAGCAGGGCGUCCCCGCCAUGUGGGGUGUCGACACGCGUAUGCUCACCAAGCGUCUCCGUGAGGGCGGUGUUCUGCUUGGCCGCGUGCUCGCCCAUAAGAAGGCUGAGGCUUCGGCCUCGCUGACUGGCGCCGCUCAGCGCCUCCUCGGCGGUCUCGCCUCGCCUGCGCAGAUCACUAACGGCCCCAACGCCUGGGCCGCAGACUACGACACCAUCCCCUUCGCGGACCCCAACGCCGUCAACCUCGUCGCCAAGGUGUCGAUCAAGGAGCCUGUCCUCUACACUGUUGAGACCGGCGCCGAGCCCAAGCUCAACAUCCGCACCGGCAAGACUCUUCGCAUCCUCGCGGUUGACGUCGGCCUCAAGUGGAACCAGAUCCGCUGCUUCCGCAAGCGCGGCGUCGAGGUCAAGGUCGUCCCUUGGGACUACGACUUUAACAAGGAGGCCGGUCAGUUUGACGGUCUGUUCAUCUCGAACGGCCCUGGCGACCCGUCCAUGGUCAAGGCCACUAUCGAGCACCUCAAGGUCGCUCUCGCGACCUCCAAGGUUCCCAUCUUUGGUAUCUGUCUUGGUCACCAGCUCAUUGCUCUGGCUUCUGGUGCCCAGACGCGCAAGAUGAAGUACGGCAACCGUGGCAUGAACCUCCCGUGCACGUGCUCGACCUCGGGCCGCUGCUACAUUACUUCGCAGAACCACGGUUACGAGGUGGAUGUCACCACCCUGUCCAACGGCUGGGAGCCACUCUUCACCAACGCCAACGACGACUCGAACGAGGGUAUCUGGAUGGGCAAGAACGGCAAGCCCUUCUUCUCGGUUCAGUUCCACCCCGAGUCAGCCCCGGGUCCUCGCGACACCGAGUUCCUCUUCGACGUCUUCAUUGACAGCGUCUACAACACCGCCGCCGAGGGCCGCCUCGUCUCCAUUGACAUGCCCGGCGGUGAGCUCGCCGCGCACCGCGAGCGCCUGCCCCGCGUUCAGGUCAAGAAGGUCCUUGUUCUCGGCUCCGGUGGUCUCUCUAUCGGCCAGGCCGGUGAGUUCGACUACUCGGGUUCGCAAGCUAUCAAGGCACUCAAGGAAGAGGGUAUUUACACCAUCCUCGUCAACCCGAACAUUGCCACCAUCCAGACUUCUCCGGGACUUGCGGACAAGGUCUACUUCCUCCCUGUCACGCCCGACUUUGUGCGCCGCAUCAUCAAGCACGAGAAGCCCGACGGCAUCUACUGCACGUUCGGUGGACAGACCGCCCUCAACGUUGGUGUGCAGCUCAAGGACGAGUUUGAGGGCCUCGGCGUCAAGGUUCUUGGCACGCCCAUUGACACCAUCAUCACCACCGAGGACCGUGACCUCUUUGCCCAGGCCAUGGAGGAGAUCGGCGAGAAGUGCGCCGACUCCUCGUCGGCCAACAACUUUGACGAGGCCAAGGUGGCCGCCGCCCGCAUCGGCUACCCCGUCAUCGUUCGUGCGGCGUACGCGCUCGGCGGUCUCGGCUCGGGCUUUGCCCAGAACGAGCACGAGCUUGAGGAGCUCUGCAACAAGGCCUUCGCCACCUCUCCCCAGGUCCUCGUCGAGAAGUCGAUGAAGGGCUGGAAGGAGGUCGAGUACGAGGUUGUCCGCGACUGCAUGGACAACUGCAUCACCGUGUGCAACAUGGAGAACUUUGACCCCCUCGGUAUCCACACUGGUGACUCGAUCGUAGUCGCGCCGUCGCAGACGCUCUCGGACGCCGACUACAACAUGCUCCGCACCACCGCGGUCAACGUCAUCCGCCACCUCGGCGUCGUUGGCGAGUGCAACAUUCAGUACGCUCUCAACCCGUACUCGAACGAGUACUGCAUUAUCGAGGUCAACGCGCGUCUCUCGCGUUCGUCGGCCCUCGCGUCCAAGGCCACCGGCUACCCCCUGGCCUUCAUCGCCGCCAAGCUCGGUCUCAACAUCCCCCUCAAUGAGAUCCGCAACUCGGUCACAAAGAAGACGACUGCCUGCUUCGAGCCCUCGCUCGACUACUGCGUCGUCAAGAUCCCCCGCUGGGACCUCAAGAAGUUCAACCGCGUCUCGACUGCACUCUCGUCGUCGAUGAAGUCGGUUGGUGAGGUCAUGGCCAUCGGCCGCACCUUUGAGGAGACUAUCCAGAAGGCCAUCCGCUGCAUCGACGACAGCUGGGGUGGCUUUGGCGUCAACAUUGACGUCGAGGACAUUGACCACGAGAUCCGCAACCCUACCGACCAGCGUCUCUUUGCCAUUGCCAAGGCGCUCAAGCUCGGCUACUCGGUCGAGAAGAUUAACGAAAUGUCGAGCAUCGACCCCUGGUUCCUCCGCCGCCUCGAGCGCAUCUCCAAGACCGAGGACGUCAUGGCCAAGUACUCGGCCGCGACCAUCCCCGACGAGCUCCUCCGCAACGCCAAGCAGCUCGGUUUCUCGGACCGCCAGAUUGCCAAGACCAUCAACUCGAACGAGCUUGCUGUCCGCCGCCUCCGUUCGGACGCUCGCAUCUCGCCGUUCGUCAAGCAGAUUGACACGGUCGCCGCCGAGUUCCCGGCCUUCACCAACUACCUGUACACUACGUACAACGCGUCCGAGCACGACGUUGCCUUCAACGACAACGGUGUCAUGGUCCUCGGCUCUGGUGUGUACCGUAUCGGUUCGUCCGUCGAGUUCGACUGGUGCGCCGUCCGUGCCAUCCGCACUCUCAGAGAGAACGGCAUGAAGACGGUCAUGAUCAACUACAACCCCGAGACCGUCUCUACCGACUACGACGAGGCCGACCGUCUCUACUUUGAGAACAUCUCACUCGAGACUGUCCUCGACAUCUACGACAUUGAGAGCUCGUCGGGUCUCGUCCUCUCGAUGGGUGGUCAGACGCCCAACAACAUUGCGCUUGCUCUCCACCGCCAGAACGUCAAGAUCUACGGCACUUCGCCCGAGAUGAUCGACACCGCCGAGAACCGUUACAAGUUCUCGCGUAUGCUUGACAAGAUCGAGGUCGACCAGCCACUCUGGAAGGAGCUCACCUCGUUCUCCGAGGCCAAGGCAUUCUGCGACAAGGUCAGUUACCCCGUGCUUGUCCGCCCCUCGUACGUGCUCUCGGGUGCGGCAAUGAACGUCGUCUUCACUGAGGACGACCUCUCUACGUACCUCAGUGCCGCGACCCAGGUUUCGCGCGACCACCCCGUCGUCAUCUCGAAGUACAUUGAGGACGCCAAGGAGAUCGAGAUGGACGCCGUCGCCAAGGACGGCAAGAUGGUCAUGCACUACAUCUCGGAGCACGUCGAGAACGCCGGCGUGCACUCGGGUGACGCGACGCUCGUCCUCCCCCCGCAGGACCUCGACCCCGAGACCAUCCGCAAGAUUGAGGUCGCGACCGCCAAGAUUGGUGCCGCCCUCAACGUUACUGGCCCGUACAACAUCCAGUUCAUUGCCAAGAACAACGAGAUCAAGGUCAUCGAGUGCAACCUCCGUGCUGCCCGUUCGUUCCCCUUCGUCUCCAAGGUCACAGGCAUCGACGCCAUCGAGAUUGCCACCAAGGUCAUGAUCGGCCUUCCUGUUACCCCCUACCCCGACAUCAAGAUGCCUCCCAACUACGUCGGUGUCAAGGUGCCCCAGUUCUCGUUCUCGCGUCUUGGUGGGGCCGACCCCGUUCUCGGUGUUGAGAUGGCCUCGACUGGUGAGGUUGCCUGCUUCGGCAAAGACCGCUACGAUGCCUACCUCAAGGCUCUCAUCUCGACUGGUAUCCGCCCGCCCAAGAAGAACGUUCUCCUCUCGUUCGGCUCCUUCAAGGAGAAGCUUGAGAUGCUCCCCUCGGUGCACAAGCUCCACAAGCUCGGCUACAACCUCUUCGCCACCGCUGGUACCGCCGACUUUAUCCAGGAGCACGGCAUCCCGGUCAAGUACCUCGAGGCCCUCCCCGAGGGAGAGGAUGACCCCCAGAAAUCCGAGUACUCGCUCCAGCAGCACCUGGCCAACAACCUUAUCGACCUGUACAUCAACCUGCCGUCCAAGAACCGCUACCGCCGCCCCGCGUCGUACAUCUCGAAGGGUUACAUCUCGCGUCGUAUGGCUGUCGACUACGCAGUGCCCCUGAUCACCAACGUCAAGUGCGCCAAGCUCUUCAUCGAGGCCAUCAUCCGCAAGCCCACCUUUGACAUCACCUCGGUCGACUACAAGACCAGCCACCAGACCUUCACCUUCCCCGGUCUCGUGUCGGUUCAGUCGUUCGUUCCUGGUGCCGCCGAGGUCGGCUCGGAAGACUUUGGUGUCGCGACCCAGGCCGCGAUCCGCGGUGGCUUCACCACCAUCCAGAUGGUACCCCAGGGUGUCCACUCGUCGGUCGAGGACGAGAUUUCGCUCCAGCGAGCCCAGCAGAACGCUUCUGGCGCCGCUCACUGCGACUACAUGUUCUCGGUUGCCGCCACACCGGACAAUGCGUCGCGCCUGGCCUCGGCUCUGGAGGCUGGCGCCAAGGCCCUCUUCAUCCCCUUCAACAACUUCUACGGCCCCGUCAACAAGGUCGCCAGCGUCGCGCAGCACUUUGCCGCCUGGCCCCAGGACAAGCCGAUCGUCACCGACGCCCGCGCAACUGACCUCGCCUCGAUCCUCCUCCUCGCGUCGCUCAACAACCGCAGCAUCCACAUUGCCUCGGUGUCGACGCGCGACGACAUGCUCCUUAUCGCUCUCGCCAAGGAGAAGGGCCUCAAGGUCACCUGCGACGUCUCGGUGUACGCACUCUUCUACUCUCAGGCCGACUUCCCCGCGGCCGCCAAGGUCCUCCCCACUGCGGACGACCAGGCCGCGCUCUGGGAGAACCUGGAGACGAUCGACGUCUUCUCUGUCGGCGUUCUGCCCUAUGAGCUUGGCCAGGCACUUGGCAAGCCCGUCUCGGCUCGCAGCGGUGUCGAGGAGACUCUCCCUCUCCUCCUCACGGCUGUUAGUGACGGCCGCCUCACCCUUGAGGACAUCGCCCUCCGCCUCGCGGAGAACCCUCGCGCCAUCUUCGACAUUCCCGAGCAGGCGCAGACCUAUGUGGAGGUUGAGGUCAACCGCUCGUCGGUGUUCGAGCUCGAGGACAGUGCCGACUGGUCGCCUUUGGGCGGUAAGCAGGUUGCUGGCGGCGUCCACCGUGUCGUCAUCAACAACCACUCGGUUGUGCUCGACGGCACCGCGUUCUCGAUGCCCCUUGGUCGCGACAUCUCGCUCGGCGUCAGCGUCCGUCACCCCCGUGCCUCGCGCUCGUCGUUCACGCGCACGUCACGCCCGAGCAUUAGCCUGCUCGCCUCGCCCCCGAUUCCCCAGGCUCCCCUCCUCGGCGGUGCGCCCACGCGCGAGCAGCCCUCGCUCAUGUCGCUCGCGGCCCAGCCCGUACCCCAGGCUUCGCCUGUCCCACUGCUCCAGUCGCGCCAGCCCCACCCUGCGUUCGCACGCCGCCACGUCCUGUCGGUCGGCCAGUUCAACAGGGAUGACCUGCACGCACUCUUCAACCUCGCGUCCGAGAUGCGCACGCAGGUUGAGCGCCAGGGCUCGGUCGACACUCUCCGCGGUCGUGUGCUCUCCACCCUCUUCUACGAGCCCAGCACGCGUACUUCGACCUCGUUCGAGGCUGCCAUGAAGCGCUGCGGUGGUGAGGUUGUGCAGGUGACGGCUGAGACCUCCUCUGUGAAGAAGGGCGAGUCGCUCUCGGACACGAUCCGCACUCUCGGCUGCUACUCGGAUGCCAUUGUGCUCCGUCACCCCGCGGUCGGCUCGUCCAAGGAGGCCGCCAAGUCGUCGCCCGUCCCAAUCAUCAACGCCGGCGACGGUAUCGGCGAGCACCCAUCGCAGUCGCUGCUCGACGUCUUCUGUAUCCGUGAGGAGCUGGGUUCGGUCAACGGUGUGACGGUCACCCUCAUCGGUGACCUCAAGAACGGCCGCACCGUGCACUCGCUCGUCAAGCUUCUCUCGCUCUACGACGUGACUCUCAACUUUGUCUCGCCUCCGUCGCUCAAAAUGCCCGACUACGUCAAGGCCGAGGCGACGCGUGCCGGCAUCAAGUGGUACGAGCACACGACCCUCGACACGGUCAUCCCCCACAGCGACGUGCUGUACGUCACGCGCAUGCAGAAGGAGCGCUUCGACAGCCUUGCCGAGUACGAGGCUGUCAAGGACAUGUACGUGAUCAACCACGACGUCCUGGCGCGCGCCAAGGAGAGCGCGAUUGUCAUGCACCCGCUCCCGCGCCUCAACGAGAUCGACCCCGAGGUCGACUUUGACUCGCGCCGCGCCGCCUACUUCCGCCAGAUGCGUUAUGGCCUGUUCAUCCGCAUGGCGCUACUCACUAUGGUCCUCGGGGCUUAG